CUGAAAUGCAUCAUUAGAUAGCAACUUUAGCACUCAGCUGACUUUAUUACCAGGUUUAUAAUUUAUUUGACCUUUUUUAUUAAACAGGUGAGAUAUUUCUGAAUGUUAACCGUGUAUUCUGUUUAUCUAGAGUAAUGGUCGGAAAAACAACCAGCAACAAUGGGAAGUACUCGUGGACCCGCAAGUCUCAUCAUUUGAAGACGGCCCAGCGGCCUCGGCCCGUCAGAACCGUCAUGACCCGCAGCCAGCGUACCUCCGCCGCGGGCUUCUUCAACGGCCUCCCCGCUGAGGUGUUCCACAUGAUCCUGGAUCAAUUGACCGUGAUGGAUAUCGGUGUGCUCAGCAUGGUUUCAAAGGAAAUCACCAAUUACAUUGUGGACUACAUCUCCACGCAGGCCUGGAGGAAUAAAACCAUCAUCCAAAGCUUUCACAACCCCACAUUGUUACAACAAAGAUCCACUCUGGAACACUACAGACACCUGGGUAAUUUGCUCGGUUCAUUUUUAGGUGUGUUGUUCAAGAGGUGCACCCUGUUGCUACCCACAAAGGACAGGUUAAAGUUCAUAUUUAGCAAGUUUUCACAGAUUCCCUGCUUCAUGUUGGAGCAGUGCCUUGCACCAGACUGCUCUGGUUUCUCCCGAUAUGGCGUCUUCCUCCAGACCCUGAUCGCAGGAUGGGAUGAGCUGGAGUGCCACAGAGUGUUCAAAUUUUUGUGUGACCAAACAAACCUCUUGCUUAAGACUGAAGCAUUACUCGCCACAAAACCAGGGCUGAAGCGGCACCAGGAGCUGCAGCUUCGUCUUUUUUGCCGUAAAGUUUUGUUGGACCCAUGCCAGAACCAGCCAGAUGGACAGUUCUGGUUAGUUCAGCUGUUGAAACCUUGGCCCAUGGUCAGCCAGGCCCAACUACUGUUCAUCCUUUAUGGACCUCUGCUGAAUGAGGGUGUCCUCGGGUGGGAGGAUCUGGUGGAAGGAGGACUACCACACAGUUAUCUUUUGGAACUGGCCAAAGCCAUCCUGAUGCUUUUUGGACUAUUGCAAGUCAAAGGCUGGAGCACCGACUCGAUACUCUCAAUCUUGGAGGAGCUAAUUGUCAUUCCUCAGCCGUGGCAUGUGGAGAAUGUGGCCCGCCUUCUGGUGCUGUGCGGCAGCAACCUCUGCUACACUUUUCUGGCCAGCAAGGCCCUCAAUGGACGACUAGACGAGAUCUCCAGAAUCAUCAUUUAUAUCAUACUGGUGUGCGAGAAGGACGGCUACCACAUGAGCUGGGCGGUGAAGCUGGUUCAGCAGAUCUGCAAGGUGUUCAGCACAGAACCUGAAAGGUUCUUCUUCAUCCAGCACCUGGAGAACAUGUUCUCAGAAGUCACAAGAGAGUUCUUUGAGUCCUCUGUAGCAGAGAACAACUUUGAAGACAGAGAGACUUUCCAGACCUUAUGCAUCCUCCUGGACUCCAGUGCUCGCUUCCACACUAAACUGCUCCACAUGUUCCUCAAAUAAGAAAGGCGUACAGAGGGCAAAAUAUGGAAACAAAUGUCAAUAAUGAAGUAUAAGACUUCCAUGUGCCUUUGCAGUAGUUAUACAGAGAAAAUUCCUUCAAACAAACAACCAAAGCACUUUGUGCUAUUUAAAUGCUUUUGUUAAACAGUUUAGUUAUUUAUACAGAUAUAAGUGUGUCAAAUUUUAACAAUCCAGUUCAUAAGCUCUGUUGGGUGUUGCAUUAUAUAAGUAUUUAAUAUUUAUUUGUUAGGUUGAAAACUAUUUAUUAAUUUAUUCUCCUACUUGUAGUAAACAGGUACAUGUAAUACCUGUUUAUUACAUGUAUUAAUAAAAUUAUAUUUUCUAAUAAUUCUUUUUGUCUAUUUGUUUUAGAUUUUAUAUUAUAAAACUACAAUGCAAUGCAUACACUAAGCAAAUAACAAGGUUUUAUUCAUUUCCAGUUACUGCAACAUUCAGUAUUUACAGCAUCUUCAAUGUUCAGUGACUUAAAUUAGUAAAGCAUGUGUUAGAAAAUAAAAAAAUAGAUAAAAGCUGCAACAGAUAAAAAAAAAAAAACACUUCACUGUAAGCAGAAACUAACCCAGAUAAUGUAUAUCUGUUGCUUAGGUUAUCAGGGAGGGAGCCUUCCCUCCUCCCUGUUGGUUGGAGUAAGGGGGAGUCAGGUUUAGCCUAAACCGGCUCAGUUAUGGUUGAGGUGCAAACACACCCUCCAUUUCUGCUACCUGU